AUGGAACAAGAUGGAAUUCAACGAAAACAAAUUAAAAAACGAUUGACAUGCAUAGAUACUCUUAUUACAAAAUGGAAAAAUGUUGGCUUUGAUGAUCCCAAAGCAUUUCUUGAUGGUAUUCGAACAGAUCAAGAUUUGUUAUGGUGGGAUAAGCUUUUAAUUACUGAUCCAAAAGUUUUUUUGUUGGACGGUGGUCGUAAUCCAAAACAUAAGGGACGAUGGGUAUAUGAUAGUGAAGAAUUAGAUUUAUGGGAAGUGGAAAAUCAUUCAAAAGGUUUACACGUUUAUGGCGGUAUGACAAGUAAAGGUUUAACACAAUUGGUGUUCAUUAAUGGUAAUAUUGAUGGUGAACGCUAUGUAAAUGAGGUAUUACCAACUUUAACUGAUGUUCAAGAAAGAAUUGAAGAAACUGAUGAUAUUACAACAACAGUAUUAUUUGAUGAUAAUGAAGAUUGGAUAUUCGAACAAGAUCAUGCGAAAUGUCAUGAUGCUGAUGUUGCUCAAGAAUAUUUGAUUGAAAAUGUUCCUAAUUUUUUUGAUAAACAUGAAACUCCUGCAAAAAUGGAUGAUCUAUGGUGUAUUGAACGUAUAUGGGCGGUUAUAACGAAUAAAGUUUAUGGAGAAGGACAAGACCAGCCAAAAUCUUUACUCGAAUUAAAACGACGAAUUAUGAAAACAUGGAAAUCAUUAGAUUCAAAAAUUUUAAGAAAGACUGUACAUCAAAUGCCAUUAAGAAUGAAAGAAAUUGUAAACGAAAAAGGAGGUAGAGUUACUAGAUUUAAACAGUAUUGUACAUGUCGUUUAUGCGUAGAAUAA